GCCGGUGAGGUUGCAGUAGGAGUCCGGAACCCUGCAAUUGCAUUGCGACGUCGUGAUACGGGUAAAUACUCAAUUGCCGUACUGUGUCUUUUCACCCCCAUACUCGAGUUUCGCACUGUCCUCUUUCUCAUCGGACCCUGCAUCUGCGACGUGGUCGUGCCUUCUCAGCUUCCUUCUCCUUGCCGGCUUUCGACUGUGAUCUACAGGCCGCGGUACAGCCGCCAUCGCCAUUGCAAAGGCAAAGCCACAGACGACACCUUCAGCACACGGUUGUCUCACUUUCGCUUUCGCCGUCUCUGCAGAUACAGACGCUAUAGCUUUGCGCUAGCUCGACUCGCUGCUUCGAGCGGGCUGGGGGGGUUCAGCCGUUUAGGCAUCCGAGGCUCUCUCCUGGACACAGACGGAACCCACAACGCGUCUGAACAUGGCGGAUCAAGCAUCCCCUCGCGAGAUCUCCAAACCUAAGCAGCGCCGCAUCUCAAGAGCCUGUGAUUAUUGCCACAGGCGUUCGAUCAGAUGCCGUCCAGCGGAGGGUUCCGGCUCAUCCCCAGGCAUCUCCUCGUCUUGCCAAAACUGCAAGGAUUUUGCGCAAGUUUGCACUUAUCAUCGCCAGCCGAAGAGACGGGGGGUUCCUGCGCGGAACGGCAGUGGGGGACCGUCGGCCAAUCGACAUGUGGUGGAGGGAUUGCCAGAUCUAGAGUCGUCGAGAUCGCCAUCUCAGGGCGACUUGCGGAUAAUACCCGAGAUUCAGCAGCCGGGCCCUAAUGCCAAUAGCUCACCACAGUCCCAGUCAGCCUGGCGGGCUCCCUACAUUGUCAGCCAGGCGACUGUCGUUGACCUCGUUGAGCUCUACUUUGAGAUCGUCUAUCCUAUCUUCCCCUUCUUCCAUCAGCCCUCCUUCACUCGCAAGAUCUCGAGGGCGGAAUACAACACUAACCAGUCGCUCUUUGCCACCACUAUGGCCGUGUGUGCUCUGGUGGGCGGCCGAGUCCGUGAUGGGUCCGUUAUGAAUCCGCGAUGGGACGUCCAGGCCCUCCAGAGGGAGACGUUGCCAGACACCUUUUAUGCAGAGGCCAAGAGGCAGUUGCUGGACAAUGGCCUUGAUAACUCAGACUUUAAUAUCCUCCGUGGUCACGCUAUAAUGGCCAUUACGGCUAUUCAAAACGGAAAAAUCCGAGACAUGCAUCAUCACCUUGGCAUCUAUCACACAUUCAUGGCCAUGGAUGGACUCCAUGACGAGGUAAAUUGGCCAUCCGGUAUUGGUAUUAUUGAGAGAGAGGAGAGAAGAAGAAUGUUUUGGUCCAUUUAUACCCUGGACAUCUUCACAUCCGUGGUUUGGGGUGGUGUUAUCCGUUCUCGAGAACAGCAGGCCAAUGUAGCUUACCCAGCAGAGGUGGAUGACCAAUACAUCAGCGACGGAGGCAUUGCACGACCAGGCCUCUCCCCUAGUGGACUAAGCCCUCCCAUUGCUCGCCUCGUCCUCACUGCACAGUCUGAUUGCUGGUUGUCCGGCUGGAAUUUCAUCACUGACCUAUACAGAGUGUUGGAGCAUGCUCUGGCACGAUUUCGCGAUCGCAGGAGAUCCUUCAUGUCCGAGAUCAUUGACGACCAGUCAACAGUGACUGGGCAAUCCGUUCGUGACAAGGUACUCCGCAUGUACUUGAACCUUCCCGAAUGCUUCAAGAACACGCCAGCCAUGGCAUUUAACCAGAAGCAAGAUCUCUUUGGAUUCCAGGCAGCCAACAUCACCGCCAGCCUCCAACUUCUUCGCAUUACACUAUUCGCGGCCGGAGGCGCAAGCAUCGCAGAGCGCUGCGAGAUUGCCUCUGACGUGGUGGAUGCUUUCAGCUCCAUUCCGGUGCAAUAUUGCUUGACUAUAAGCAAACCGCUGCUGCAUCAUCUGGGUGGAAUUGGCGCCAUCUUGGGUUCCGUUUUUGAAGAACCUCUCAGCGAAGCGGAGUACAAUCGGGUGAGAUCUGUCAUGUUGUCCAUGGCAAGGCUUCUUGAAAACCUCGAGACGAUACACCGCAGCUCGAGUGCCAGCGAGAAGCUUCGAUCUCAGGUAUCCCGCAUUGACGAGUACAUGGCAGCCCAGCGCCAACAGUCAAGGCCGCCUCUCGAGGAUACUCCAGUGAAUACUACGGUGCAGCAAGUGGUGCCGGUCGACAGCUCGAGAGGUGGUGGCCAAAAUUAUGAGCAGGUUGGCACGGAGAUGACUGGUGAUUGGUCGUUCUUGGUGCCUCCGGAUUUGUUAGGUGAUCUAACAUGGAAUUUCGAUUUUGGUGGAGUGUUUACAUGAGGAAAAGGAAAGCUUCUUUAUGGUUCAUAAGCAUGAGGCGUACUAUUCCGGCUAUGAUACUGCGUUCCAAAACAAAGGGCUAAUUCUGUCAACAAAUUUACAUAACAGCGUCGGCAUUGGCCUCGACCCUCUUUUCAUCAGGGCUCCCGGGUUCCGUGCCGCGUUCCGAGUCCUUACCGUCAACCUCAUCCAACAACUGCCUGGCUGCAAUUGCAAUGUUACCUCCCGCUUCGCCCACGCGACGAUGAUAUUCCUUCACGUUCUCAGAUGCUAGCAUACUGUCGCUUGUGAAGAGAAGUGAAAUCUCUUCCAGAGUUCGGUUGGCAAGCUCGGGGUAGAAAAACCAAACUAUGGGGGCAACAACAACGUUCAUUGCGCCAAAAAA